UGUUUUAUAAAAAACUGUAGGUUCUAAUAUUACUAUAUAAGGUAAUGGUACAUUUUCAUUUUACGCGACUAAAAGAUUCUCUAUGAAUAUAACAAGAAGUGCGAUUAGUGGAGUGGCCACUAAAAAAUUUAGUUCCAAAGGGAUUUUAAUUAGCACAUGACUGAAAGCCACUAAAAAAACAAUUGCUCACUAAGAUCUUGAUGGUUGUGAUUGAUAAUGAGCACCUAGCUACCGUAGACGUGUGUAUACAGCGGAACAAAAACUAGGUGAAAAUUGAAAAUUGAAAGGAGUGAAAUUGAAGUUGAACCGAUCCGGUUAGACAACUAGAAUCCGUUAGUGUCGGCCACCGUAAUUGGAACAGAAAUGCUUAUUAAUUAGUCAUUUACGGCCGUGCAAACUCUUCCAUUCGAACCUUAAAUGAUGGUAAUCUAGAUUUUGACCACGAAAAAAGAGUGACCUAAUUAAUACACCAAAUUACCAUCAUUUGUUUUUGGGGUCAAAAUUCAAAUUACUUCAUGUUUUUUUUGUUAACAAAGCAUAGUUGUCUUUUCUAACUCGACUUGAUUAGCCAAAGCAUAUUUUGGUCAUUUGGGCACUAAGUUAUAUAUAUCAAAAAUAAUCGUAACCAUGUAAUCGUACAGUCCAAAAAAGUACUAUUGAAUCACGCAGAAAUCUUUUUAUAAUCACCCGAAUCGUAUUCCUUAACACAUAUGGCAAGCCCUUGAAAUCUUUCUUCUUUUACACCCCUCUUGAAAUGUAUAAUCUAUUAAAAGUAAAUAAUUUAUAGUAUAUCAUAAUUUUGUCUCGUCCUCUUCUAUGCAAAUAACAAUAAAUUAGAUGGAAUAUAUCAUAUAACUGGGGAGCAUAUGAAAUUAAUACUAGUGUGACGACAAAAAAAAAAAAAAACUAGUGUGUCUUUAAUUACCAUAAAAUUAUGGAAAUUCCUAUACGCAAAACGUUUUUUAUUUUGUUUUUUGGCCGAAAUAUUUACGAUCAUUGCCCUCAAACUACACUCCGAGACCGAACUCAACUUGGCCAGUCUAUUUCCAUUGUCUCUCUCAUUGGAGAAGUUUGGAAAAGUUUACGGUUUCAUCUUUUCUUUUAACUUGUUAUUUUUGUGUUUCUUGACCUUCUUUAGAAGCAAGACAAGACUGUGGAUCGAAGCGUCGGCGAGCACUGAUCGUAUCUCACAACGAUCAUAUUAAUGGAUAGAAUGUGUGGUUUUCGUUCGACAGAAGAGUAUUCGGAGCAAGCAACGCUGAUGCUGCCGUCCGAUUAUCAAUCGCUGAUUUGUUCAUCCACCGGAGACAAUCGCGUGUUUGGAUCCGACGAACUCGCUACGGCUUUAUCGUCAGAAGCGCCUCCACGUAUUCGAAAAGCUGAUGAUAAUUUCUCUCUUAGUGUCAUCAAAUCCAAAAUCGCUUGUCAUCCUUUGUAUCCUCGCUUGCUCCAAACCUACAUCGAUUGCCAAAAGGUGGGAGCACCUAUGGAGAUAGCGUGUAUAUUGGAAGAGAUUCAGCAAGAGAACCAUGUGUACAAGAGAGAUGUUGCUCCAUUAUCUUGCUUUGGAGAUGAUCCCGAGCUUGACGAAUUCAUGGAAACCUACUGUGAUAUUUUGGUUAAAUACAAAACCGAUCUUGCGAGGCCGUUCGACGAGGCUGCAACUUUCAUAAACAAGAUCGAAAUGCAGCUUCAGAACCUGUGCACUGGUCCAGCGUCUGCUACAGCUCUUUCAGAUGAUGGCGCGCUUUCAUCUGACGAGGAACUGAGAGAAGAUGAUCACGUAACAGCGCAGGACAGCCAACAACGAAGCAAUGACCGGGAUCUGAAGGACCAGCUACUACGUAAAUUCGGUAGCCAUAUCAGUUCAUUGAAGCUCGAGUUCUCUAAGAAGAAGAAGAAAGGGAAGUUACCAAGAGAAGCAAGACAAGCGUUGUUCGAUUGGUGGAAUGUUCAUUAUAAAUGGCCUUACCCCACUGAAGGUGACAAAAUAGCUCUGGCUGGAGAAACAGGAUUGAAUCAAAAGCAAAUCAACAAUUGGUUUAUAAACCAAAGGAAACGCCAUUGGAAGCCUUCGGAGAACAUGCCGUUCGAUAUGAUGGAUGAUUCUAAUGAAACAUUCUUAACCGAGGAAUGAAAAGAGAGAGAUGAGAUUGUGCAUUGUAUAAUUUUACAUAGUUUUCCCGAGAAAAGAAAAGGAGUAAAAAAGCUUUGGUACAUGGGACGUCGUCGCAAACUCGUUAGCCAAAACCGACGAGGGAGUAACGACAAUAAUAUAAUGUCACUAAUCUUCCAAAUGGUCCAAAAUGAUAUCUUCCUUAAUUGUAUUAAACCUUACUUAGAUAGAACCAUGUGUCAACUAAUAAUUUAUUUUUCACCAUUGCAAUUAAAAGUUGUAGUUCUUGUUAGUCCUAUGGUUGCUUAAUAUAAGAACCAUUUGUUA